AUGCCAUACAUUGCAACCAAUCUGCUUUCUCGUUUCUCCUCACCCCUUCUGUCUAUCAUUUGCCGAACUUGCCUCCACAGAUUUAGCGUAGAUACGAACAUAGAGAUAGAUAUGGUGUCUCUUUCACCCUUUGUUUUCUUGUCAUCAUCUUUUUCAUGUUCAAGGUCUGGUUCUAAAAAGCGCUCAAGAAUUAAGUCAAGAUUUUCAUCAAAGAUUGCAGGACAAACCUCAUAUACGAUAUAUCGUGCAGAAAAUUCUUCUCUUGAACAACUUCUUGUUCCUUCAGAUCAUAGCAUCGCCGAAUCUAUUCAAAGUUAUCAAGAAUCACGUCGAUCGUCACUUGGCCAAAAUUGGCACUUGUCAAGUCACUCGAAAGGCACAAAAAUCGAGGCAAAUAACUCAAAUAGGGAAUUUGGAAGUUAUUAUCUGCUUGCAGUCAUAUCAGGACCUGCUCCGUCAACGGCAAAAUCACUACCAGAAAAGAGAAAGUCGAUAACGAUGGCAUCAAAAUUUCCACCUUCUGAUGAGGGAACGAACAAAAUUUUUGGGGAAUCCUUUGGAUCGGCAACAAAAGAUGUACAGGGCGAACGACGCAGAUCAUAUGGCAUUGGUGGAGCGGGAAUAUUCGUAAACCAUCCGAGGGUGAUUUACACUCCACGAGAGAGACUAGUCCCCGAAUUCUCCAACCAUCUCUCCCGAUACGAAGAAGGAAAAUUUCUUGUCGUGGUUGGAAUAGGAAUGGCAAAAAAAAGAUGA